GUCGUCUCCCUCGUCCUCCUCUCAGUGUUGUUGUUCUCGGUGACGCGACGGAGGUGUAGCCUGACGCGGUCUCUUACGUGUCGGUCUGAAUAAAAGUGGAGCUCCGGAGACCCGGGAGUGACGAAGCGAGUCUGUGUUGCCAGAGCAGUUGGACUUGUGGACGAGACGGAGGACGUCUCCGCGUUCUCACUGUUCGUGUUGUGAAGCGGCGAUGACGCACAAACGAGCAGCUUCUUGCCUUUUGCAGAUUUUAAAUGACCAUGGAGGCUGGUGCAGACACACAGCAAAGUGGUGAAACAGUCUCAGAGUCUGAGGCCCAGCAGAUCACCCUGGCCCAGGCAUCCAUAGCCGCCGGCCAGGUGACGACCAGUAGUCCCACAGUCACCCUAGUGCAGUUGCCCAACGGUCAGACAGUCCAAGUGCACGGCGUGAUCCAGGCUGCACAGCCCUCUGUCAUCCAGUCCCCACAAGUCCAGACAGUACAGAUUUCGACCGUUGCCGAGAGCGAGGACUCCCAGGAGUCUGUUGACAGCGUGACAGAUUGUCAGAAGAGGAGAGAGAUCCUGUCCAGGCGACCGUCUUACAGGAAGAUUCUGAACGACCUAUCGUCGGACGCUCCUGCAGUGGCACGGAUUGAGGAGGAAAAGUCAGAGGACGACACGGCCCCCGCCAUCACCACAGUCACCAUGCCCACUCCCAUCUAUCAGACCAGCAGUGGCCAGUACAUUGCCAUCACCCAGGGCGGGGCCAUCCAGCUGGCCAGCAACGGCACAGAUGGAGUUCAGAGUCUGCAGACGCUGACCAUGGCCAACGCCGCUGGAGCCCAGCCCGGCACCACCAUCCUACAGUACGCUCAGACCAGCGACGGGCAGCAAAUUCUGGUGCCCAGCAACCAAGUGGUUGUACAAGCCUCCUCCGGUGACGUCCAGGCCUAUCAGAUCCGCACAGCUCCCACCAGCACCAUCACUCCCGGGGUGGUCAUGACGACUUCGCCUGCUAUGGGCGGUACCGGAACAGAGGAGGUCACGCGUAAACGGGAGGUCCGACUUAUGAAAAACAGGGAGGCUGCCCGCGAAUGCCGCAGGAAGAAAAAGGAGUACGUCAAGUGUCUGGAGAACCGCGUAGCUGUGCUGGAGAACCAGAACAAAACCCUCAUCGAGGAACUCAAAGCCCUCAAAGACUUGUACUGCCACAAAUCUGAGUAGAACGGUCGCCUAAAACUGCCUGCCAGGGGCUCGGCCGGUGCCCGUCUGUCCACCGCGCACAGAGACUCAGCACAGAGCCAGGCACCUGGACGCUACUCCCCCCUUUUUCUACUCUUUUGCUUUUCUUUUUAAAGACUGCUGAAAAUCUGUAAAAGUGACUUCACCAGGAAUAGAAUAAAAACACACACACCCUUCCCACAUCACCGGUUUUAAAAAUCGCCAAAUCUGUCCCCAUCGGUUUCCCAGUUAAGAAGAGCAGAGGUGGUAGAGACUACAACUAUACAGGGUCCUCGUGGUGACGUGACAGAACGGACAAUGAGGCUGUUUUGUUUUUGUUUUGCGUCACCAAAGGGAAGCGCUCCAGUCCCGUGUGUCUCGACAAACUGGGCGACUUCACCAGCAAACAGGGAACUGCUCGAUCCCAUCACCACCAAUGAUGAUGGACAUUUUUACAGUUUUGCCUCCCCCCCACUGAGACACUCGAAUCAUAUCGAGGGUUACGUUUGUGUGCGACAUUUUGUAAGCGUAACUGAGGUCCUGCGUUUAACAUCUGUUACUUACUAAUGCUUUGAACUGUAGAUGGGCUGUGUCACAGAAUUUUAUCUUUGCGCUGUGUUUUUGUUUAUGUAUAAGAUGAUCUGCUCUGAUAAUGCCAUUUAAUUUUUUUGUUGACUUUUAUUUUUACCUUGCCUUGAUACGUGAACAAAAAAAAAGCUAACCAUCAAGUCAGGUUGUCAAAUUUUGUUCAUGUUAGUUGCAGCUUUAAAGAAAAACGAGAUGACAUGGUUAGACUGGAGAACUUGGACAGCACUGAAUUUGGAAAAUGUUGGGCACCCCUGUCUUUUUAAGCUUUCCUUUAGCUCCCACAAGUGGAACAUUUAUAAUCACCGAUCUUUGCAAAAGCAUCACCAGAGUUAUGAAAGAGAAGCAGAUUAGUUUGAGCGGAUUCACAGUGGUUUGUUCCCCAGACGGUCUGAAGAUAACAAAUUACUGUUAUGAAUUUAUCUGCUAGAUAAAAUGGAAAUGUACUUUUGGUCAUGCAAUGUACGUUAUGUAAACAAAAGAAGGUCAACCUUCAUUGCUUUUUUUUAUUAUUUUGUUUUUCAUCCAUAUUUAUGUUUCCUCUCAGCCCAGUUUUUUAAAUAAGUUUCAUUAAUACAUGGACUUUGAACAAGAACCAAAAAGAAAAAAAAGCCUUAUGUGUUAUGCAAAUGGGAGAGAGAUUUAUGAACACACUUUUGAUGAGACACAUGGCCCUUCACUGGAAUCAUUGAUUGCCUGGUUCGUGUAGUUUACUGUCUUUGAACAUGUAUCGGCACCAGUUUUUGAGGGGAAAGUCUAAAUUAAUGAAUACACAAUUUUUGGGGGGGGGGGCAACUUGCUGAUAAGAGUGUUGUACCAGCCAGCUGUGUCCAAAUUGUGUUUACAGGAUUACAAAGUGGCAUUCGCACUUUCCUUGCAUAUACAAUCCUGCUACAUUUCACAUGUUUUCGUCUUGCAGCCGCGAGGUGACAUGCCUCCGUAGGGUCGCACUUGAAAUUAACACUGCUAACCGGUAAUUAAUCGCAAAGUGUCUGUUGGUUAUUUGUUGCUUGCAUAAUUGUGCGGAGCAUCAAGUCUCAUUUUGUGUGCCCCCCCCCACCUAUCAAUUAAACCUGCUAACGAAUUGCUAGGUGCGACCAAAUCAAAUACACAACGUAUUCACAAGUGAGCAGAGUCAAUAACGUUUGUUAACGGAAAGUCGCACAGUAUUCUUUUAGGUAUUAUGUAUAGUCAUCAUGACGGUAUGCUUUUUUUUUAUGUUGCUUUUCAUGGAUUUUGUAUUCACAAUUUCUAAAUGUCAGCACCGACUUGUAUAAUACAGUGCAUUAUGUCAAGAGUUAUUCAAAUAUUACAUUUUUGGCAGCUGGUAAUAAAUGUGUUUCUGGUAAUCUUU